AUGUCGCAACAGGCCCUUCUCGGCCUCCUUAUGAUCGGGUCGUCCGCCCUGGCCCAGAAGAUGGAAGCUCCUGAAGUGGGUCUUACAUUUAACUACGGUUCUGACAAGGUCCGUGGUGUUAACCUUGGUGGCUGGCUUGUGCUGGAGCCCUGGAUCACCCCAUCAAUUUUUGAUGCCGCUGGUGAUGCUGCUGUUGACGAGUGGUCUCUGUGUAAAAUCUACGGUGCUGAUCAGUGCCGUACUGUUUUGCAAAAGCACUGGAGCACCUUCAUCACACAAGAUGACUUCCACCAGAUUGCCGCUGUCGGCAUGAACCAUGUCCGUAUCCCUGUCGGCUACUGGGCCCUAACACCCCUGGAGGGUGAUCCGUACGUCAAUGGCCAGCUGGCCUAUCUUGACCAGGCUGUUGAUUGGGCUCGUGGUGCCGGUCUCAAGGUGAUGGUUGAUCUACACGGAGCUCCUGGCUCUCAGAAUGGUUUCGACAAUAGCGGUAAACGUGGCGCUAUUCAGUGGCAGACCGGCGACAAUGUAAACCUUACCCGCUUUGCUUUCGAAACUCUGGCUGCCCGCUACGGUGGUGAUGCCGAUGUCGUGACUGCUGUUGAGGCCCUGAACGAGCCUAGCAUUCCCGGUGGAGUGAAUGAGGAUGGCUUGAAGCAGUACUACUAUGAUUCCUGGGGUGUUGCCCGUAAGGCUAGCCAGAACACCACCGUUGUUCUUCACGACGGUUUCAUGCCCACUGAGUCCUGGAACGGAUUCAUGAGCGAGUCGACUGGUUUCUUUUACGUCAUGAUGGACACUCACCACUACGAAGUCUUUGAUUACGGCCUGCUCGCCUUGGACCCCGCCUCCCACGUGAGCACUGCUUGCGGUUUCGUCAGCGACCACGUCCUGCACUCCGAUAAGUGGACGGUUGUUGGUGAGUGGACCGGUGCCAUGACUGAUUGCGCCAAAUAUUUGAACGGCAAGGGUAUCGGUGCUCGCUACAACGGUACCUUUGACGCCAGCCAGGGCGCCAUUGGCAGCUGUGAUGGCAAGUCCGUUGGCAAAACGGCCAACCUUUCUGACGAGGACCGUACCAACAUCCGCCGCUUCAUUGAGGGGCAACUUGACGCGUAUGAGAAGGGCAGUGGCUGGCUCUACUGGACCUGGACCACAGAGGGCGCCCCUGAGUGGGACAUGAAGCAGCAGCUUGCCGCCGGUGUAUUCCCUAACCCCGUCACCAGCCGCCAAUUCCCCGGCCAGUGCUAA